AGAUAUUUCGGAAAAUCCAUUAUUAUUUUAUUUCUUGAAAUUUAAAGCAUGUGGACUGUUAAAGUUGGAGUAUUUCAUAUCUUGUAACAAACUAAUUUAAAAAAACUAAAAUUAAAAUGUGCUUAACAUUAAUCUAAAAUGGUUGUAUUUAAGAAAUUAAUUUUGUAAGUAUGUGAUCUUAUAAAUGGACAAUAAUUAAUUUUGAGAAAGUUAAAACCACAAAUGGCUACCCCUAUGAUGAAUGGAGACUGUGAUACCAAGGCACAGGUAAAUUAAUACAAUUUUAAUUAGGGAGACCUGCUUUUAAAAAUAUGAUGAUUAUGUUUGAAUACUUUUACAGCGCUGGUGUCCAUGUUAUUUUAGCAUGCGCACAGAGCUCUGAAGUCCUAAAUUCUAUUUAAAGAAAAAAGUCUUUAAAUGACAUUUUUUCAUUUUCCCUCAAAGAUUGAGGCAAACCAUUUCAUUAAUUUAGGCGCAGUAGCUUCAAAAGAUCACACCCCGUAUGACUUCUUUCUGUGUCCAUCAACACUGGGAACUUCCAGUAAGAACUUUGUUGAAGAGCGCAGGUUCUAUAUGGAUAAAUGUUUAGAAAUCAGUUUUUGAAGAUAAAAAUAAAAUCCUUCAUUUUGAUGUUAAUUUUUUUGGGGUAAUCUAACAUUUCAGCAUCUUUUAUUCAAAAAUCAUUUUGUUCCUGUUAGAAGUGCUAUUUUAAAUGGUUAUUCUUUUCUGGAUGUUAAUACGACAUUGGAGAGAGGGCCACUGGGUUUAAGGUGGCAACAGAAAGAGAGAGUGGGUGCUGUUUUCUUGUUGAAGUGCCAGGCCGAUGUGCUACCAGUAUCACUUUACAGGAGCGCAUAAAGAGAUAUAUCCUUCCAGGCUCAUUUAUUGUAUUGAACAGAUGGGUGGCUUAUGCAAACAUGAACCAGCUCACACAUGGAAUCUAUGAAAAAUCCUUUGUGGUCCAUCAACAAAAUUUUGUCGAUCCAAAUGACGCUGGUUUCUACACACAGAAUAUGAAUGUUGAUGUGAUUCAAACUGAAAAGACAGUUUGGCACAAGUCUCGAUCUUUUCCCUUCAUAUUUGCAUAAUUUCAUGAUCUGCAAUUGUUUUGUGGAGGUGAUAUUUUCAAGAACUUCCUUGUUACUUUGAGGGGAGAACUAUGCAUAAACUUAAACUCUUGUUUUUUUUCAUAUAUUAAAUUGUUUAAAUUUUUCUGUUUUAAAAUUUUUGUUUGGAUUAUUUAUAAAUGUGCUGAAAUGAAUAAUACAUUGUCAUUAAAAACAUUUAUUUUUAUCAACAACAGAAUUUUAUUUUCUAAAAUAAAGAAUAGCUGUUAAAGUUUCACUUCAAACUGAAUAAUUGACCUUGAGGGUAGAUGACCAUCUUUUGUAUCUUUCUUUGAAUAAACAUUCUGACAUAUGAAGUUCCAUAUUCAACAGAGAAGUUUUUUGUUAGCUAACUGACAUCUUACAAAUUUUUAAUGUUUGAUGAAAAAAUCCAAUGCUUCCAAAGUACUUGUCAUUUCUCAGCUGAUUUAUUAGCUGUUGAAUAUCAAUUCUGGAGUAGUUCUAAAAUGACAGUUACUAAUCGAUCCCUAUGGCGCUACAGCCAGUGUAGGCCUUUGGCCUGCCUGACUACUUCCUUCCACUCAGACCUAACUGAUGCUUUUUUUUUCGUGCUUGGAUUCCCAGCAGCUGUAGAUAUUUUCCCACAUCCUCUAUCCAUCUAGGCCUAGAUCUGCCUUUGAAUUUGAACCAUUUCUUCUGGGGCUUUGGUGGUGCACCCUCUUCACUCCCAUAUCAUUUGGCAUUCUUUCUAAAUUUCUUGCCCAGGGCAGCCUGCCUUUUAUUAUUUCUGCUACUAGCGUGGGAUCCUGUUAUAGCCCAAACUAUUCCUAGUUGGUUCGUAUUCUCCAUCCAUAUUCAUCCUUUGUUGGUCUGUAUAUUUUCCUGAAAAGGUUUUGCUCUCAUGUGUUUAAAACGCUUUCUGCUGGGUUUUUUCAGGGUACUAGUUUCACUUGGAUAUGUUACUACUGGUUUGAUUACAGUUUUAGGUAUAGUUUUCUCUGUUUCUCUUGUAAUGUUUUUACUUUUGCUUACUUUGUGACUACUGAAGUAUGCCCUGUUUCCAGGCCAAUAUUAUUUCUUUUAUUUCUGUUUUUAAGUCUUUUGUUUCGUUUAUUAAGGAUCCUAGAUAUUGGCAUUGAUUUAAUUUUUCAAAAGUGUGAUUUCUAAUUUUAAUGGUUUCAUCUGACUUUAAUUUUCUUAUCAUAGUCGUGAAUUUUGUUUAUUGGUUAACAGUCACUAAAGUGUGAAUAAAUUUUUUUAGAAAGGUUCAUUCAGGUAAUACCAAUCCCCUAAAAACACACGUAUCAGUCUAGUUUAUAUAUUUUAUUUAAUUUUAAAAAAGCAAUACAAUUAAAUCUAAAGAUUUAUGUAAACUGUGAAAAAAACAACAACCUGCAAAUUGCUUAUCAGUAGCGGCCGAGACAUUAUUGCAGCUUCUCCAACUUACACCCAGGAAAGAUUUUAAAUAAAUCAUUUUUCAAGCAAUUUUUCUUUUUUUAAAUCCAUAAAUAACCAUCAGUAAUGAUAUGAAAAGCUAAAACAUUUUUUUCCAUGCUUUCUCUUUGUAAAGCAUGCAUGUAUUUAUGUUAUAAUUGAAACCUUUAUAACAUAAAGUUGAGAAAUAAAUGCACAUUUACAUUAAUUUUUAAUAAUAAUGCGAAAACAAGUUUAAUUUUUCAGCGCUUUUAUUUCUGUUGGCCUUCGAUAACACAUGUUUUUAAAUGAGUGCUUAUAUAUUUUAUAAUUCAUACAUUCUUAGGUAAAGUAUAUUGGACAUUUAAAACAUCUUAUUUUUUUAACAUGUACACACAGAUGCAUGUUUACUAAUGUUUCCAACAUGUCUUUAAUUCAAUAGGCCAAAACAAUUAGGUUGGCAAGCAUUGUGUCAUUAAAAAUGUUUUAAAUAAACCAAGUUUAAAUCAUUUUGAUUUUUUGCCUAACAGGUAUUAUUAUACAUUGAAAGAGCAAUUUUGCUGUUCAUUAAUAAAAACAAUUAUUUUUGAAAACAUGAUGGUUGGUUGAUUAAUUUACUACAUUUAUUUAUUUUUUUUUCUCAUAAGAUUUUGCCCAUUAUCAACAAUAAUCGACCCUUCGAUCCCAAUAUGUCUCAGUGGGCUAAAGUCCAGCAAAGUCCUACCAUCUUUAGACAGAUGCAGGCAUAUUACCCACCACACUUUCCAAUGGAGGUCAGAUAUUUCUUGUGCCAGUGGAUUGAGGAUCAGAACUGGUAGGUUAAGUUUAGAAUAAUUGCAUGCAUAUCUUUAUUUGAAAAAAAAAAUGUUUUUUUGAUUAGAUCUUACUUUUAAGAUUUGUUUUAAAUACAUGGUUCAGGUUUGUGAAUAAAAUGUUUUCUUUAUUUUAAAGAAUUUUAUGUUUGUUCUUUACAAUACUUUUAGAAUAUUGAGUACACUUCUAAGAAAAAAAGCCACGAUUUUCAUGGCUAAAGGAUUUAACUAGCUUUGUUUAAUUCAAAUUUGUAUAAAAUCAAAAUAGAAUCUGAGGUAUGUUAAAACUUAAUGACUUGAAAUAAUUCCACCUUUAAAAUAAGCCAGACUGACUCUAAUGAUUAGGCUUUAUUUUUUUGAAGAAGCUCAGCAUUUUAUUGAAAAAUAUAAAGUUGCAUAUUAAUGUAUUAAUGUAUCAUCUGAAACAUUUUAAAGUUGUGUAAAUGUUUUGGGGGAAAAUUUUUUUUUUUUUUUAAAUUUUACCCACAGCCAUAUCCUUAACCAGGGUUUUUUAACCUGUGGUCAAGUGACUCAUUUGGCAGUCUGAAAAAAUUAAGAGGAUCUGUGUGCCCCCAUGUAAAUUUAUUAUAUGCAUUUAAAAACGUUUAUAUUAGGAAGGGUUCAGUGACCUUCAUCUACCUGGCAAGGGGCCCUGGUGAGUUUAAGGACCCUUGAUCUAAACAGUGGUUUUUAUAUUUCCGUACCCUUUGAUUCUACAGUAAUAAUAUUCAGUUCAUAAGAAGCUCUACAUCUAAAAUGCUACAAAUAAUUUGCAGUGAUUUAAAAUAUUAACUCAUAUGUUUUCCAGGGAUUUAAUUGAUGAAACAGAUCCCCACAAUGCAAAAUUGGCUGAAGCUGUAUUGGCACAAAUGCUCGAGUUGUUGAGACAGAAAGCUGCAGAAUUAACCAGUCAAGAAUUUUUCAUUAUUCGCAUGAAACUCGAGGAAUCAUUGAACAAACUUGAUGUAAGUAAGACCUCUAUGAAAUAAAUGGUUAAAGCUGUUUGUGGGACACAUAUGAAAUAAAAGGUUAAAACUGUUUGUGGGAUACAUGAAAUAAAUGGUUAAAGCUGUUUGUGGGAAAUAUAUGAAAUAAAUGGUUAAAGCUGUUUGUGGGACAUAUAAGAAAUAAAUGGUUAAAGCUGUGUGUGGGACAUAUAUGAAAUAAAUGGUUAAGGCUGUUUGUGGGACAUAUAUGAAAUAAAUGGUUAAAGCUGUUUAUUGCCCACUAGGUACCAGGAAAGGUAAACUGCUAACAUGGUUUGAGUUCCAUAGUUUUUUUAAGCCCUUAAUCACAGCAGUUUAGUGGAUAAGACUGCUAAUCUUGUGUGACAGUGCAUGCAAAUUAAAUUGAUUGAUUUUUGUUUGUGUAGGGAAAUCAGGGAAUGCUACACAGCAGAAAUUAGAAUCACAGCAUUCAAUUAGAGAAUGCUUUUAAUUGAUCAAAUCAUCAAUACAAUUUGAAGGGGGUCAAUUAUAUUCAAGAUGAAUCACUAAAACUAGUGUACAAUUUUAAUUUCAUGAAAAUGUUCUAAUGUUUAUGCCUUGAAUUUAUAGAAGAAAAGGAUAAUUAUAUCUAUAUUUACAUAUACACACAGCAUGCACCAAAACUAGCAGUACUGAAACUCCCAUAUCUUGAAUUCAUAUUUGUGUUUGUCAACUGUGCAUAGGCCCAGCUGCCACAUGACCAUAGAGGUGAAAAGGAUUAUAUGUUCUACAGUUUUGGUCAAAAACUCUCUACAAAGGAAAAAGUGUUCAUGUUUUUUUAGAAUUUUUUUUACUCAUUUGUAAAUGAAUGUAAAGGGUGACCGUAUUUUUGUUAAAAAGUUGGAAGAGCAAUGCCAAGAGAGAUUUUAAAAAAAAAUAAGGCACCAAGUAACAGGGUUCUGUCAACGGAAGAGAAGGUAGGAUUGACCUGUUCAUGAAUGUGACUUUCGUUGGAGAACCACUCUUUCCUAUAAAAAUUCUGGACACCAUAUACAGAGAUGUCCACAAUACAUCAUCCUGGCUCACAUACCUGUAUUGGGUACAAAAAUGCACCAAUGUCCUUAAACAAACCACUGAUGGAUGUCUUGCUGAUGUUCAUUUUGAAGGAUAUUCCCCGUAGACUUCACAAGGGUGAAACCCAGCACCUCCUGGAGAACACAGUGUGAUUCUCAUUAUUGAACACUUACUUUUCUAUCAGACUUCCUCUUCGAUCAGACUUCCUCUUCCAUUAAUUGACACAAUAAACUUCCAUAACGGUAAUUUCAUUACAUUAAUAGCAUAACUGUGUUUCUCUGUGCCUUCUUAUGAAAUCUAUUUGGAAUUGUUCUGCCACCUUUAAUCAAACAGGAUCUCCCUUCACAAUCACUUGAUCACUUAGGUAAGAGUAAAAUGCUGGUCAAUUGUGAAUAUUUUGUUUCUCCGUCCAAAAAACCCAUUUACACAAAAACUGACCAACAUUUUCACUUCUUGGAACACACAGCUGCACCAUUGACCCAUGCAUGUACCCAUUCAAGAUGUUUGAGUCUCAGUACUGUUACUUUUGGCGCACACUGUAUAUAAUUUAUUAGUAUUUUUAGGCCUUACUACUAUCCAAUUGAUAAUUAUGUACCCUCUUUAAAAGAUGGUUACUAAUAAAUACUUUUAUUUACAUCUCAAUGGUUUUAAAAAUGUCUCAAAAUUUCAAAUUAAUUUCACUCCCUGUUCCAAAAACAUUAUUGGAUUUUGGAAAACUCUUCAAGUUUUAAAACGUUUAAAAUGUUAUCGGCUUGCACAUGUUAAUGUGGCCAUUUUUAAUUCCUGUCAAAUUACUUCAGUAGAGUUAGGAUCGUCUAAAGAGAAAAAUAUUCUCAAGUUAAAAACUUUUGUUAGGGCUCCCUUUAUCGUUCUAAUCCUUCAUAUCUAAUUCCAUUUACUUUUUAAUUCACAGUGCGUAGUUAAAGGUAAUCCACUUGAAAUGAUCCAAGUGAUCAAGCAGUGCCUAGCAACAGAACGAAAGAUUAUUGAGCAAACUGAGGUACCUCAUUUAACUUGAAUCACAUUAGUUUAGACAUGUGUAUUAGCUCUUUCCUUGCCAACCCAUGAUAUAUCGUCAAUUUUACUGGUCACGAUUGUGCCAAGCCACGAUAUAUGGUCGAAAUAAUUUAUGUUGUUUAUUUUGUUGCCUGUGGCUAUUAAUCCGAAUUUUUGUGUUCUUAAACAAAGGAUAACUCUUCAUAAUUCCUUCCUGUUAGAAGCAGGGCUUUUUUACAUGUGUUUUUUCUAAUAAUAGUUCAGUUUGUGUUGAAAAUUUUGUAAACAAAGCCUACUCCAAGCACAUCAGCUGUUGCUAGACCACGUAGGAAGUCAAAAGAUCUUUUAUUGCUUAUUAUUGAUGCUAAAACAUCAGACAAUAACCAUGAAUCAUUUGAAUCUGAUUCCAGUGAUGAUUUUCAGCUUUCUGAUGAGUCGGUAAAUACCAAAGGGAAAUAGUAAUAGAAUGGUGAUAGUGAUCGUAAUAGUGGUGACUGUCUGCACUUUCAUAAAAAUUUCAAAACAUUUUUAAAAUAUUAAGAUACCACGAAUGUAUAGAGGCUAGAGAAUGGAUUACAAAAAAACCCCACCAAGAUCAACUUUCUAGCUCAAGUGGUUCAAAAUUUAUGAAUUUUUUUUAAAAAACCACAUUGUUACUAUGGCAACAGUGAGGUUUCAGAUAAUACUACUCCUAACAUUACAAAAAUGGGUAUAACUCAGUCACUAAAUGGAAUUUUUUCAAAAUGUAAAAUGCAUUAUGAUCAAAAAUGGAAAUACUUUCUGAGCAUUGAAGCAGAAUACGGGCGGCCAACAGCUACACAAAUUGUAUGGUAGUCAAGAAAGUUCAGAUUUGGUGUGCAUUUUAAACAAAUUAAAAAUUUGAUCUCAUAAUAUUACCAGUAAAAUUUAAACUAUUGUUGUCAUAUUGUUUUAUCUGUCACAUAUUACUAUUCUCUGUCUAAUUUCCUUUAAUUUGAUAUGAAUACAGCCAUCUUGCUAAAAGUAAUGUAUUCAAAAUUAAUUAAUAGAUAAGAGCACCCUAAAAAAUUUCCAUUGGCGGAAAACUGGUCUGGCACAAACUUGGAAAACCCCCUGGCAUGGAAAGAGUGAAAACAGAGCAUCCAACCCAUGAGCUGUCUGGAUCUAAUCAUUUAAAAUAAAGGAGAAAAAUACUUAUUGAAAUAUUUUGGGUUCUAGGAUUCAUUUUAGUCUAGGAAAGCUACCACCAAGGUACUUAGUCUGGGAAAGCUACCACCAAGGUAUUGAUCUGAUGUGCUAUGGGCCACUCGAGACAUGACUUAUAAUUAUGUUCAUCUUUGUAUGGAUGCUCAGACUGUUCAAUCUCCUUAUGAAUGUGAAUCCUCUACUUGUCUUAUUUGUUUUGCUGAUCCUUACAUAGAUUUCCUUGUCACACCCACCCAUUUUGUCCCAUAGUGUUGACUUUCUCAUCCCACAGUGGACUGUUUUUCAGAGUGACUACAUCUACAUCUGUCAUUAUAGCAUUUUUUCUACUCAUGCUUUUUGUUUCUUUUAUUUUUAUUGACCUGUUUCUGUUUAUUUUUUCCUCAGCAGCAAUCCUUGCAGCAGCAGCAGUUGAACAGGGAUUUUUCAGGGGGAGAUCAACAAGGAAUUAUUAAUCAGAAAAUACUCUCCGAAAUAGAAUCCCUGUCAAGGAGAACAAAGGUAUUUGUUUUUUUUAUCUAGAUUAGAUUGUUUGGUUUAGUUUUAAUCAUAGGUGUUUACCCUCUUACAAUGUCAGUUUGUAAAAGUUGAAUGUUGUUUUAUUUCCCUUCCUGUCAGCUGACAGAGCUUGAUUGUAGGAACUUACAGCACCAACAAGAGUCUUUCAUCAUUCGCUUCAGUGACUCCCAGAAAGUUACAGGUAACUCUUUAAAUUUAUUCCCAGAUUCAGAAAAGGGCAACAUUAACCAUAAUAUAACAUAAGCAUAAAGAGUAGAUGCCAAGCGCUUUUUAUUUUCUAUUGACAAAUUCAAAAUUUGUAUUUAAAUGUGAGAAAAAUACUACUUAUUUGAAACUAAAUAGAUCAUAAUUUAUUUUUUAUUUUUUUUAAAUUUCACAAAUUUUUAAAGUUUAAGCCAUUGAAUAUAAAUGCAAUAAAAAAUGUUGGAUAGCAUGACUCUUAUUCUAGAGAUACUGAACUGUCAAAAUGUUGGAUAGCAUGACUCUUAUUCUAGAGGUACUGAAUUGUCAAAAUGUUGGAUAGCAUGACCUUUAUUCUAUAGGUACUGAACUGUCAGUAUAGCAACAUUUUUUCCCGGGGCUCCGGUUGGCAAGUUUGUGGUGGCUUGCCAAUUAGGAGGUGUUGGCCACCGGACCCCCUUGACGUUACCCGGGGAACUAGAACACCAUUGCGUGUCCCACAUGGGCAGACAAGGGACAUGCACGGUACCUGAAUAAAAAACAGCACCUACAGUGCUGCCAACUGUGACACUACACAGUUGGAAGUAAAGGCAGAGACAGGUUAGGGUUCAUGAUUACAAGUUGCCGUUAAUUGAUAUGCAGCUAGCUAAAGGUGGAAACCUCUAGCCGAUGAUUCUAAAUACGCAGCCCUAACAAAAGCUGCUCCUAGGCAAGCAUUUCGUCCCAGCUACUUCGCAAACUAGUUGCCUGCUGGAAACCCACUGUAGAACCCCUCUUAAAUGAUGUCCAACGAUUCCCUGGGAUGGGUGGGGUAAUAUAUUAGGACGUUAAUGUACCACCCCCGACUCACCCAGGCCCUGACUCCUUGGGCUGCAAAUGCUUUAAACUCAGGGUUUUUGGUCGACCCGACGUCCGUGGGUGGGGAAAGCCUCCAUCAGCAAAAGCAGUCAAGCAGAUCCGGGUGGGGGCAUUCCAGGUCCGGGGAAGUCCCUGGCGAGCCGUCGCAAGGUCCGGGGUCAGGGAGACCCGGUGUUUGGGCUGUGUGGAGGGCAUUAAGAGCUCACGCUUGACGGCCCGCCGACACCAUUUUCCAAUGUGACAUAUUUAGUAUAGCAACAUUUGAGGGAUGUACAACUUUACAACUCUUUUCAGGUCAGAUUCAUCAGCUCCAACAACUUCCUCCAUCAGAUGAUAGAGCACAGAAGGAACAGUUGUUUAGAAAUCAAAAGGAACAGAUUGAUAAUCAGUUGGCCCAAAUGGCUCAGCACCUGCUACUCAAUAGGCUGGUGUGUUAUGGUUAUAAAGGGUAGUGGUUGGGGUGCAACUGCUACUCAAUAGGCUGGUGUGUUAUGGUUAUAUAGGGCAGUGGUUGGGGUGGAGUUAAGUUAGGCUUGUAAAGGGAAUUCAUGGGAAAAGUGUGUGUGUGUGUGUGGGGGGGGGGGGGUGUUUAAGUUUUAAAGGGCAGUCACUGGAGUGAGUUUUUUUGAUUUAGCUUCACUUGCUAGUUUUUUAAUUUACUAUCCCCAAAUGUUUUACAUUAACAUUUCUAUGCUAAGUAAAAGUGAACAUGGCUGCCACACAGUUGCAUAAAAUAAGUUUAUUCACUUUAAUUGACAGUGUAGUUAUAGCGAGACUGCGAGACUAUCAUUCUGAAAAGGUGAAGUUUUUUGAAGGCUUUGUUGUUUUUUCUAUGGAAUCACAGCUCUCAAAAUAGGUGUAUACAUUGUUUAUUUUAGAUAGUGAGUAACUCCUGCCCAUGCACAUAUUGGUACUGCAUGUUUAUGGGGAACCCCUGGACUAACUAAAAAUAAAACAAGGCUUACCUGAAGACACAUGCAUCAUUCUUAUAUAAAAGCUAUAAAAUCCAUUUAUUUAUUUUGUAGACCAGUUAUUUUUUGUUAUUGCCUAUUUAAAUAAAAUUAAAAAAUUACCCAUAAAGUUUAAUUUUUGAAUCCAAUAUUUAAAAAAGAUAAAUUCAAGUGUUAUUGAAAAACCAUGAUUUGUAUAGUGUGCCCCCCUUUGAUUGUUUUGGAUGACCCCCCCCCCCUUUUUUUUUUCCCUCCCCAGUCACUGUCAUAGAAAUGAUUUUAAGAUCUAUUGAAAAACCAUGAUUUGUAUAUUGUGCCCCCCUUUGAUUGUUUUGGAUGACCCCCCCCCCCUUUUUUUUUCCCUCCCCAGUCACUGUCAUAGAAAUGAUUUUAAGAUCAUUGCUAUUCAAGUUUCACCAUUUUUAUUCACAUAAAUCCAUAUCGUAUGAAUGAAUAAACUGAUGCUUCAUUGACUCUAGGAUUUAAAAAAACAACAACAAAAAACUCAGUUUAAAAAAAGAAGAGAUAUUUAUUUUGUUUUAUCUGAUAGGAAUUGUCAAGUAAAUAUGAGCAAACUAUUGGAAGCCUACAGGAAUUACAAAAGGAGAUUUUGGAUAAUGAACUGAUCUCGUGGAAGAGAAGACAGCAGCUGGCUGGGAAUGGCCUUGUGAUGGACAACACUAGCAUUGAAACGUUGCAGAGUUGGUAAGUAACAAAAAAAUAAAUUGUCCAUUUCGAAAUCAGAAACAGAAAAUUUGGGAGCUGUGAAAUAAAUAUACCAGCCAACUGAACUAAAUUAAAGUGUAUCAAACAUACGCUAGUUGUUUGUCAACAGAUGCUGCACAGUAGUUCCGUUCUAUACACAAACUAAAGCUUCUACACAACUAAUGGGUGACACCGCACACCAAAACAUACACCAAUGCAUAUAUAUGAUGUGCAGUGUUUCCGUACCAUAUUCCAGUCUGACCACAAUGAUACAUGAAACUUACUUUUUCUUACCACAGGUGUGAAUCACUGGCAGAUUUGAUUUGGCAAAAUAGACAGCAGAUUAAAAAGUGCACACAGUUACAGUCCCAGCUGCCUAUAAAGUAUCCAGAAGGACAAGAGGACAUCUUGCCAAAACUGAACGACACAAUCACUGGUCUCCUGUCAUCGCUUGUCACAAGGUAAUGGAGGCAUUAUUCUGUGAUGAAGUUUGCAUGAUGUUUACCAGAUUUUACCAUGUGAAAAUAUCAUCCUCUGGUUGUGAAAACCACCUUGUGGUUGGCGGACUAGUAGAUUCUGUAACUUACAAGACUUGUGCCAAAAGGGUUGACAGUGAAUCUAAAAUAUAACGUGUCGAGCAUUUGGAUGUAUAAAAGUUUAUGAAAGGGAUUUUAAGAUAUGUUCUAUGAAAGUUGAAGCUGAUAGAAAUUUUUGUAAAGUAUACUUGUUACAGUUUGGUGGAAAAUAUGCUUAUGACAGUUUGGUAGAAAGUAUGCUUGUGACCUUUUGAUGGGAAGUAUACCAUUGACAGUUUGAUGGAAAGUAUACUGUUGACAAUUUGAAGGAAAGUGUACUGUUGACAGUUUUAUGGAAAUUUUACUGUUGACAGUUUUAUGGAAAUUUUACUUGUGACAGUUUGAUGGAAAGUUUACUUGUGACAGUUUGAUGGAAAGUUUACUUGUGACAGUUUGAAGGAAAGUAUACUGUUGACAGUUUGAUGGAAAGUAUACCGUUGACAGUUUGAAGGAAAGUAUACCAUUGAAAAUUUUAUGGAAAGUUUACCUAAGACAGUUUGAUGGAAAGUUUACUUGUGACAGUUUGAUGGAAAGCAUGAUUGUGACCAAAAAAAAAGGAGGAAUCUUUGGUUUUGUGAAUGGCUUAAAUAUUUUGACAUAAAAAUUUUACCUAUAAAAAGUUAUUUGAACCAUUUCUAAGAAUAGUAAAUUUUUAGGGGUGUGGUUUCAAAUUUUGAUGGGAAACCCUGUUUACUGAGUUAUAUUUGGAGAUGUUUUGGUCGCACUAAAUCCCUCCAGUUUAUGGUUGAAAAAUAAUUGCUCAUUGCUUUCUCUCACCACUCAAAGUACUUUCAUUGUGGAACACCAGCCUCCACAAGUGUUGAAAAAAGAUGCCAGGUUUGGGGCUGUUGUUCGCUUACUAGUUGGAGGCAAGCUCAAUGUGCACAUGAACCCACCUCAGGUGAAAGCCACAAUCAUAAGGUACGUUCUUCCGGGAUGAAGCUCAGUGCUCACCGGUCAUCUUGUUCCCGUAGUUGACGAGAGUGCUUACUGCUCUAUAAAAAAAGGAAACGAGUUAAAAAAAAGUAUGGUCAAACCUGGAAAAAGGAAUGCAACAAAACAACGAACGUGCCGGCAGGAAGCCUUCGCCAGCGAACAAAGAACAGAAUAAUAUCACUUAGCUGAGAAAUAGUAUCCGAGAGGGCAGCAAAAGAAUUGUGAAAUUGCUGUUUAGCUCAUUUGAAAGAAAUGUAAAUCAUUUGUUAACCAAGUCAAACCCUGAAUGCCAAAUAACUAACUUAAACUUUAAUUCAUUUGCUGCCCACGGAUACUUCCUCUAAGCUAAGUGCUAUUUUUUAAUUUUAUUCUGUUUUUCCUGUUGUUUUGUUCGCUGACGAAGGCUUCCUGCCGACACGUUUGUUGUUUUGUUGUGUUCCUUUUUUCAGGUUUAACCCUACUUUGUUUUGCUCAUUUUAUAUUAAGCUUCAAUGACUCAGUCUUUUGCGAUGAGUUGAAGAUGCCUGAUAUAAAGCUUCAGAAAAACCCACCUUUUUGUUUCAGUGUAUUUGAGGACUUAUUUGGGUUGAAAAGUAAUCUUUAAGAUAAAAAAACAAAUCUAUAAACCACUUGAACAAAAAAAUCUAUCAAGGGAUUAAAAAAAUACAGGUAAGCUCUGUCGGUUGCAAAAUUUUUCAUUUCGAUCUUUCAAACGCUAUUUUCUCAGCGAAAAUCAAGCCAAAGACUUACUUAGGAAUGAUGUGAAGGCUAAAAAUGAUACCAGUGGUGAUAUUCUCAACAACACAGGAACCAUGGAAUAUCAACCCAACAAUGGCCAGUUGAGCAUUAGCUUUAGAAAUAUGGUAAGCCAGUUUCUAGAUUCUAAACUACUUUCGUACCAGUCUCCUUAGGGGAUGCUAUAUGUGCUUGCUUUCACUGUAUUGAGUAACAGGAACACAAUACCUACACCAUAGUAAAAAACAAAAUGGAUCUUUUUCAUAAUUUUGUUAUUUUUCUUUGUUCUCAAUUCAGUAAAGUUGUUACCGUAGAUGAGAUUUGAAAGCUUUAAAACAAAAAAACGUCCAAGAACUGUUAAGCCACAUAUGGUUUGUUAAUAAACUUUAUUGGAGGCUACCAACAUGAAACUGAACUCAUUUUAUUUUCAGCAAUUGAAAAAGAUUAAAAGGGCAGACAAGAAAGGAUCAGAGGUAAAUAUUUUCUCCACCUGUUUUGUGAAUAAAAAUAAAUAAAGCAUUAAAAUUGAAAACCAUAUUUUAAACUAAUGUUCGGUGAACUCUCCAGUGGGAAACGCUCAGUUGGUGGGCAUAAAAAAAGCUUCAAGGACUGUCUAAAAGCUUUGCACAAGUUCAUUGACACUGACUUUGACAUUGACACUCAUGGUAAACGCUUGCUAUGGAUCGAACAAGCUGGUAUGGCAGACUCACUGUCAGAGCACAUUCCUCGGAGAAUAAGCGCACUGCUCACGCCCAAAGAAACGCAAGUCAAGGAAAAGCAGAAUCAACUCAAAUCCAACCAGAACUCAAAACAGCGUAAAGCUUUCCAGGCACCAAUAGGACUUGCAGCUCGUGAAGAGAUACUGAUCUUCCAUCGAGCGCCUCCCCAGGUGGCGGAUAGGGGAAAGCCCACCAGAUAUGGAGGGUACCAGGGAAAUAAAAUAUCUGGGGCAGACCAAAAUCAGAACCUACUGCCUUGUAGGAAGUGGAAGGAUCCACAAAGGCUAGGGAACCUUACCCAAAAACUAAGGCAGCUAUCCAGAGAGCUGUAAGGGGCAACCCCCCAGACGGUUGUGCGCAGGGUUAACAACCCGGCCACGUAAAAAAAUCAACGUUACGAAAGCCAAGCAACUGAACAAAACCCGGACUGAUACCAAUGGAAAUCGACCUAUGCAUGGAUAUGGAGAUGAUUUUUGGAUUGCGACUUGGAAUGUACUAAGCCUGUUUAGAGCAGGAGCCUUAGCCAACCUUGUAAAUCAGCUGGUCAAAUACAGAGGAACAAAGAGGGUACAUCAUCAAUACCCCAGAGGAAAAAGGCUCAAAGGCAGACCUAGGCUUAGGUGGAUAGAUGAUGUAGAAAAAGAUCUACAGCAGCUGAAAGUCCAAGCAUGGAAAAGAAAGGCAUUAGUUAGGUCUGAGUGGAAGGAAGUAGUGAGGCAGGCCAAAGCCCUACAUGGGCUGUAGCGCCACAGGGAUGGAUGGAUGGAAUGGGACUUGCAGGCCACCUGGGCACUCACCAUGGUAUAUAGCGUUCAUCUGUGCAUGCGAAGGACAAACAACAUAUAUUUUUUUUUCUUUUUCCCAAUCCAUUUUUGUAAUUUUAUGCUUAUGCCUACAUGUUCAGUGAAACAAUUAAUGAAGAAAAAAUUUCAGUGCAACGAUUGACCACAUACAGAAUCAGCCCCAGUAACCCUCUAUUGACUAGAGUUGUCUUUGUCAAGUUGAUGGACAAACAUGUUUUUGUUUUUUCAGGCUGUCACUGAGGAAAAAUUCUGCAUUUUGUUCCAGUCAGAAUUUAGUGUUGGUGGGAAUGAAUUGGUCUUUCAAGUCUGGGUAAGUCAGAAUUCAGUGUUCAUGUAAUGUUAGAAAUCUUAUUUUUUAAAAUAAUGGCAAUGCUAAUUAAAACAUCUUACAAUACUUUUGUAACACAAGCCUGCCUAACCUUCUUUUAUACAAACCUUUUCAACUGCCUAAGAAUAACAAAGGAUCAUAAUUCAAUUUGUAAACUUACAUGGUUUUUUUUUGGUUGUUUGUUGUUGUUUUUUUUGUUGUUUUUUUUUGUUGCUUUUAAAAAAAUAAAAAUAUAUAUAAAUAAACCAUUAGUUCUUUUUUUUAAAGCAUUAAAAUGAAUGUGCGUAAGGCAGAAAUGGCAUUUCUUUAUGUUUCAGACUUUGUCAUUGCCAGUUGUUGUAACCGUCCAUGGCAACCAGGAAUGUAAUGCUACAGCAACUGUCUUGUGGGAUAAUGCCUUUGCAGAGCCUGUAAGUCAAGUCAAAUUUGAAGCAGAAAGCUUCAUUUAUAAUCAGAGGGUUUGGAUUAUUUUAAAAAAAUUUGAAAAUUAGACUAAUCUAUCCAUUUGUUGUAUUUUUUUUUGUAUCUACCACUGACCAUGGUGUGCAAAAGUAAGGCCCUGUCUAUGAAAAUUUGUGCCAGAUACUGGACAGGGGGGUCAUAAGGCUCCACAAUAAUUUUUUUAAUGAUUAACAAAGUCAUGUCAUUUCCAUCAGUCCCUAAAAAGACUUGAAUGUUAUACAUGCAGGGUCGAGUGCCAUUCAGUGUACCAGAUCAAGUGGAGUGGAGCCAACUGGCAGACCAACUUAACAUGAAGUUUAUGUCUCACACUGGGAAGGGGCUCAGUGAAACCAACCUCCAAUACAUUGCCUCUAAGUUGUUUGGUAAGUAUAAGAUUCUCAACUUUUUGAACCUAGGCUUGGGCUGUGUAUUUGUCUGCCUUCCACAAUAGCUGUUGUUUUAAAUCGUAAAUAGCAGCAGGUAACAUAUUUUUAAAAACACCCAACUGUUUAUAUAUAGAGGACAGUCCGAUAGAAUUAUUUUUGUAAAGCAAUUCCCAAAUCCUGAAUGAAACAAUUAAGUGUGUGUGUUUGAUUUGAAUAAUUUAUUGCAAAAUGAUUAGAUUAGAUUUCUGUUUAGUAUUUGUGAUGCUAGAGAAAAGAAUUAUUUAAAAAAAAAAAAAUGAUACAGGACAAAUUUAUUUGAAAAAUAGCACUCGGUUUAAUUUUUUUUUUCCUUUUCAAUAUGUUGUUGUUGAGCCUUCUCGUCCAUGAGGGGCAUCCACCGAUCAUCGUCGGCGUCUGCGGUUCCUCCAAGGGCAUAGGCCACCUACGAGAGACCUCCAGGCAUCUCUAUCCUGGGCCAGCUUCUCCAGGUUUGAGCCUUCUCGUCCAUGAGGGGCAUCCACCGAUCAUCGUCGGCGUCUGCGGUUCCUCCAAGGGCAUAGGCCACCUACGAGAGACCUCCAGGCAUCUCUAUCCUGGGCCAGCUUCUCCAGGAUCUUCCAUUCAUGGCCAAUUUUCUUGAUGUCUGUCUCCAAUUCUCGGCGCCAAGUGUUUCUUGGACGGCCUCUUUUCCGCUUACCUUGUGGGUUCCAUUUCAGGGCUUGCUUUGUUGUGUUAGAAACAGGUUUUCUUAGUGUAUGACCAAUCCACCUCCACCGCUUCUGGAGAAUCUCUUCCUCAAUGGGUUUCUGUUUUGUCCGCUGCCAUAGUUCUUGGUUGCUGAUUUUGUCUGGCCAGUGAAUUCUGAGAAUCCUUCUUAGACAGUUGUUGAUGAAGGACUGGAUUCUGGUCAGGUUUACGGCCGUUGUUCUCCAUGUCUCGGCUCCAUGUAGCAGUACAGGUUUUACCAUAGCGUUAAAAAUCCUUACUUUUAACUUGCUGCCUAAGUUGUUAGAGACCCAAACAUUCUUGAGUUGUUGGAAGGCUGGUCUUGCUUUUCCUAUCCUUAUUUUGACGUCCGCAUCUGUACCACCUUGUUUAUCUACCAUGCUGCCAAGGUAAACAAAACUGUCCACCUCCUCAAGGGCUUCUCCUUCAAGCAUAAUGGGUGAUGUACUGGUGGCAUUAACCUUGAGGAUUUUACUCUUCCCUUUGUGAAUGUUGAGACCCAUGCUAGCAGAAGUGGCUGCGACAAUGUUUGUUUUCUCCUGCAUCUGUUGUUGGGUAUGUGCAAGAAGUGCAAGAUCAUCAGCAAAGUCAAGAUCAUCCAGUUGAUCCCACAAGGUCCAUUGGAUGCCAUUUCUUUUCUGCUGUGUAGAUGUUUUCAUCACCCAGUCAAUGGCUAACAGGAAGAGGAAUGGUGACAGCAAGCAACCUUGUCUCACACCAGUCUUCACCUGGAAAGCAUCUGUCAACUGCUGGCCAUGGAUAACUCGGCAGUUUAUCCCUUCGUACAUGUUUCUGAUUAUAUCAGUAAUCUUCUGUGGCACCCCGUAAUGCCUUAGCAAUCUCCACAGGGUUUGCCUGUCAACACUGUCGAAGGCUUUUUCAUAGUCAACAAAGUUGACAUAGAGCGGCGAGUUCCACUCUAGUGACUGCUCUAGAAUGAUGCGCAGUGUCGCUAUCUGGUCCGUGCAGGAUCUGUUGGUGCGAAAGCCGGCUUGUUCGUCCCGCAACAGAGGGUCUACAGCGUUUUUCAUCCUGUUAAGUAGUACACGGUUGAAAACCUUUCCUGGGAUGGACAGCAGGGUGAUCCCUCUGUAGUUCGAGCAGGAGCUUAAGUCUCCCUUCUUUGGGAUCUUGAUAAGGUAUCCCUCUUUCCAAUCGGAAGGAACUUGCUCCUCUUCCCAUAUCUUCAUAAACAGAGGGUGUAGCAUUUCCACACUGGUUUCCAGGUCCGCCUUCAGUGCCUCUGCUGGGAUGCCAUCAGGUCCCGCAGCCUUUCCAUUUCUGAGUUGUUUAAUGGCCCUGCUAAUCUCUUCUUUGGUGGGACUAUUACAGUCAAUUAGCAGGUCAUUAUCGGCUGGUUGGAUAUCUGGUGGAUUUCUUGGUUCAGGCCUGUUCAGGAGCUCUUCAAAGUGCUCCUUCCAUCUCCCUCUCUGUUGCUCCUCACUUGGUAUGGUGUUUCCCAUUUUGUCCUUCACUGGUCUCUCUACCUUGCUAAAUUUCCCUGACAGCGUCUUAAUGGUAUCAAACAGUUCCCUCAUGUUCCCCUGGUGAGCUGCAUCCUCUGCUUCUUUAGCAAGUUUAUCAACAAAUUCCUUCUUGUCCCUCUUGAUGCUUUUCUUAACUUCCUUAUUUGCAUCUGCAUACUCCUUCUGGGACUUGUUUUUCUGUGCUCGGGUGCAGCUGUUAUUCACUUCUGAUUUCUUUCUUUUCCUUUCUUCUAUUUUAUUCAGCGUACCUGCUGUCAUCCAUUCUUUGUGUGCCUUUUUCCUGUUUCCUAGCACUUCUUGACAUGUUGACUGGACUGUUUCUUUCAUGCUUUGCCACUUUCCUUCGGUGGUUUCAUCUUCAAGUAUUUCUUGUAGGACUUGGAACUUAUUGAAUAGUGAGAUUCUGAAUUCUUCCUUUUUGGCUUGGUCCUUCAGGAGGGAGGUAUUAUACCGAGUCCUGUAUGCUGUUUGCUCGGUAUAAUGUCUCUUUAGUUUUAAUUUCAUCCUGGCCACAAGAAGAUGGUGAUCUGAGGCAAUAUCAGCUCCCCUCUUAACACGUACGUCUUGGAGAGAUCGCCUGAAUUUUUUACAAAUACAUACAUGGUCUAUUUGGUUCAUCGUUCUCAUGUCCGGAGAGACCCAUGUAGCUUUGUGAAUCCUCUUGUGCUGGAAAAUGCUCCCCCCUAUGACCAGGUCAGCUGUGGCACAUAGGUCCGCAAACCUCUCACCAUUGUCGUUCAUCUCGCCUAUCCCUUGCUGUCCCAUAACCUCUUCGUACCCUGUGUUGCUAUUGCCGAUCUUGGCAUUAAAGUCUCCCAUGAGGAUGACGAUGUUCCUCCGUGGGCGAUCCUGGACUAUGGUCAUUACUCUAUUGUAGAAUUCUUCUUUGUCUCCUUCAUCACUUUCAUUAGUUGGUGCGUAGCAUUGUAUAACAUCUAGGUUGAUGCUACGUUUCUUUGUUCGAAAGGUUGCUAAAAGAAUUCUAGGUCCAUGGGCCUCCCAUCCAAUGAGUGCUCCUUGUGCUGCCCUUGAUAGCAUCAUAGCAACACCCAGGGUAUGUGGGGCAUUGUCUUCUUCGUGUCCCGAAAAUAUCACCAUCUCUCCUGAGAUUAAUCUCUUCUGUCCCCAUCCAGUCCAUCUUGCUUCACUAAUUCCGAGAAUGGUGAGCUUAUAGCUCCUCAUCUCAGCGGCUAUUUGUGCCGCUUUACCAGCCUCGUACAUGGUGCGGACAUUCCAAGCGCCAAUGACGGUGGUAGUCCUGGUAGAGAUGAUGGUUGUCGGCUUAAUAGCUUCCAGGUUUUGGCUUUCACUAUUAGGCGUCAUAUUUUCCUCCUCAAGGAAUCCAUCCUCUCCCAGGACUGAAAUGUCUUUUGUUACUCUUUUCGGUGCUUUUGUAACUAUGAUUUUUUUUUUACAUGGCAGGGUUGUUGGCCUUGCGCACAACCACUUGGGGGGUUGCCCCUCACAGCUCAAUGGGUAGCUGCCUUUGUUCGGGUUAGGUCCCUAGCCUUUGUGGAUCCCUCCACUUCCUACAAGGCAGUAGGGCUGAUUUUGGUCCGCCCCGGGUAUUUUAUUUCCCCGGUACCCUCCAUAUCUGGCGGGCUUUCCCCUAUCCGCCGGCUGGGGAGGCGCUCGAUAGAUUUUUUUUCCUUUUCAAUAUGACAACAGUUAAAAUUUUUCACAUUUUUUUUAAGGAAAUAAAGAUCCAGGUUCCUCCACAGUUUCUUGGAGUCAGUUUAAUAAGGUAUAUUUCAUUACUUACAAAAUUUCCAAAAUGUCAUAUAUUAUCAAUAAAAGUGCUUAAAUUACUUUAAUUUUUUUAUUUGUGUCGAUGAUAUUAAUAUUAAGCUGAGGUUUGACAAAUAUAUAUAAUAUACUAUGGUAUUAUUAAAAUGUACUAAAUUUCUGCAUAACAAUAAAAAGGCCCUUGAAAAAAAAUAAAGUUACAAAUUUAGUCAAUUAACUAAUAUUUGGUUCUGGACCCAUUUAAAUGUUCCUUUGUUCCAAAGUCUUCUUUAUUUUUUGGAAUUAUUUUUUUUCCCAUGUCCAUUUUUUUCAGAUAAUAGGCAUAUUGUGCUUCAAAUUAAAUUUUGAAAAAUAAAUAUUAGUGAAAAUGUUAAAAAAACUGAACAGGAAAAUUUAAUUUCUUUCAUUUUAAAGGGUCAGUUCUAUUUAUUUAAAAUUUAAUAUUUUUUUGUCUCACCACCACAUAGGACACAUUAUCAGGCAGAUCUUUCACAUUCUGGGAGUGGUUCUAUGCCAUUCAGAAGCUCACAAAGGAACACUUGAAGGACUUGUGGACUGAUGAGUGAGCAUUUUAGUUUUGGCCAGAGUGACUGGUCAAUUAAAUAUUUUUUUUAAAAUUUGUGGGAUGGAUUUUAUUAAUAUGAAUCACAUAUAAGUGGUGUUUCAAUUUUAUUAACCUUACAAGGAGAAAUAGUUGUGUUUUUUUAAAACCAUGAUUUGAACAGAUUAAUGUCCAGCAUUAAAAUUAAAGUUUUAGAUAUGCAACAGAUUUCAUUCAUAAAAAUUAAUGCACGCUUCAAACUCAUAGUUUCUGAAACAAAGGCAAAUUCAGGUUACGAAGGGCUAUAGCUACUUGCCUAAAAUUUCUUUUGGAGUUAAUAACAUAAUUUAUACUUGUAGACAUAAGAUGUAUUAAUGUGAUAGUACAAUUUUGAAAUUCUGGCUUAUUUAUUUUCCUAGGAAAAUUAAAGGAAAACUGAUAUCUUAAAUAAUUUUGAUUUUGAAAACACUUUUGUAAACUACUUAAUUAAGAUAAUUAUUUAAAUUAGAAUGAAAACUGGAAAUUAUCAAUCAAAAUUGAAGAAUAACAUUUUGUGAAAUAUAUAAGACAAUAAUAACCGAGUAUGAGAUUUGGACUAUUUUUUAAAUAUAUGUCAAUAAUGGACUAGUAAGAGAUUUGAACAAUUUUUGAAAUACUUAAGACAAUAAUAGACUAACUCCAACUCUGAUUGUGAUCAUGUAUCUUUUUGUGCAGGGCCAUUAUUGGAUUUGUAAGCAAGAAUCAGGCUCAAGAUUGGCUGAGUAGCAAAACAAUGGGAACAUUCCUUUUACGCUUCAGUGAUUCAGAGAUUGGUGGCAUCACCAUUGCUUGGACAGGUAGGGCUUUAACUUGUCUGAGGGGAAAUAAGCUGUUUUCUUUUAUUUAGGGUCCGACCAUCUUUUCUGAACGCGGGUCAAGUUAAACAGUCAUUAAAAUCCCAUUGGCAAACAAAGGCUUUUGAAUUGAAAUGAUUGUGUGAAUUUCAGAUUUAUUGAUUCCAGUUUAGUUGUGAUUGUUUUAAGAUGAUAUUUUAAGAUGGACUGUAAAGAUUUCAAUUAAUCAUGGAAAGAUUUUGGAAAUAUCCCUGAACCACAUUAGCAAACCACCUUGAAUCAAAUCUCUGUGUAUAGACUACCAAAAACUUGAAAAAAAAAUAUUUAAAAAAAAAUAAUUUAACGUAUUUUUAAUCAGAUAUCACUUAUGGUUAUUAAUCCAAAACAAGUGUCUCUAUGCGUUUCACGCUUAGAGAUCUAGAGAUAACUGUGAAUGUGUUGCAAUUGAGUUGUAUUUUGUUUAAAGAAUAGAGAAUGACUCCUAAGCCUGCUGUGCUGUGAGGUUAGGUCAGCUAACAUCAGGAGUAAAGAGAUGAAAUAUAGAAGGCUGAAAAUGGCACAUGCAGGUUUUGCUGACAGUGCAAUUUAAAUUUGUGCAAAAAAAACAACUAAUUAACUUUUUUUUUUCUAUGUAAAUUAAAAAUUUCUGGUGAUUUUCCUCAGGUGAAAGAGCAGAGGUGUGGAACCUUGCCCCCUUCACCUCUAAAGACUUUGUUAUUCGUGGACUUGCAGAUAGGAUAAAGGACUUGAAUAACCUGCUCUAUCUCUACCCUAACAAACCAAAAGAUUCCGUUUUCUCCAAGUACUGCACCUGUGCUGUUGGUUAGUAGUUUGCUUCUUAUUAUGCAUAUUUUUAAAGACAUUAUUUUUUUUUUAAACUAUGGACUUGCUCAGAUAUUUUAGAACCUCUUGUAUUUAAUCAAAUAAAUAUAGUUUUUCUCUUAGUACUGCACAUGAAUAUAAGAUAAUAAAAUAUCUAUAUUUGUCUACUUUUGAUGGGGGAGGAUUUGAUCCAAGCUUAUCACGUUCUCCUUAAAUAUUUUAAAAACUCUGCUAUUUUUCCAAAAACAUUUGCAUUAUCUUUCAUAAAAAUCAAAAUCUUUUUUUAUUUUUUUAUUUUGUUUUUAAAAAAGACCCUUAAUUCAAUCAUGCAAGUUGUCUGAAGACAAAUGACCUUUGAUAUUAAUUAUUAUUUGAACAAUCUCAAUAACAGAAAUACAAAAGUAAAUUAUGGUUAUUGCUGUUUUUAAUUUAAAGCUUAGCAGCUGCAGAUGGUCCUAGAUAAGUACCAAAAAAAUCCUGCAAAAUUGGCUUAUCAAGGGUCAACUGAAUAUUGCAUGUUAACAUAUAAAUCAGUUUCUUUUAUAUCUUUUGAAUUAUCCCAGUCAAAUUUAUUUCUCCACAGAAAAUGUAAACAAUGAUGGCUAUAUUCGUCCACAUCUUAAGACAACAAUUCCUGAGUAAGUUAAUCCUGGCAUUUUGGUUUACUAAUCUGUCGGAACUGCUAUGUGGGCCUACAGCAAACUGAUCCUUCUCUGUUAAUCUGUCUCAUCAGGGAUGUAGGCCUACCAGUACAGCAACCUGGCCCUUCUCGGUUACUCUGUCUCAUCAGGGAUGUAGGCCUACCAGUACAGCAACCUGGCCCUUCUCGGUUAAUCUGUCUCAGAUAGGAUGUAGGCCUACAGCAAAACUGGUCCAUCUCUGUUGAUCUGUCUGAGAUAAGAUGUGGGACUACUGCAAACUGGUCCUUCUCUGUUAAUCUGUCUGAGAUAAAGAUGUGGGACUACUGCAAACUGGUCCUUCUCUGUUAAUCUGUCUGAGAUAAAGAUGUAGGCCUACAGCAAACUGGUCCUUCUCUUCAGGUGAUAUAAGAUGCACUGUAGAAGGUACAUCACAAUAUCAUUUAAUUCCAUUCAAAAUGUGCCACAGACUGCACAAGUCUAUCCUUGGUUUUAUUCAAAACCAUUUGUCGCACUUGACAUGAGCAUUGAUUGUUUAUACAGCCAUCCUUAACAUCUUUGAGCCAGAAUAAUAAGGGCGAUAAAUUUAAAAUACAUGACCUAAAGUUAACCAACAAAUUAAAAGGCUGAUUAUCAUUCUUUUAAUACUCUACGAAGGUCAUAGAUCUGAUCCCCAUUCUGACCAUUAUUAUUUUUUUUUUUUUUAAAUUUCCCCUUAAAUUAAUUUAUCAGCUAGAAAUUACAGAUUUUGUAUAUAUAUAAAAAAAUAUUUCUGGUAAAAUAGUGCAAAAGUUUUUGCCACAUUGUUACCAAGAAAUGAUAAAUCUAUAACUGUAUAAUGGUAUCAUUUAUGAGACUUAUUCCAUUGCAUUACAGACAGUUCAAUGCCACUGGGGACAUGGAUCUUAGACAGCCGUUUUCUCCUGACUGUGGUGGGGACAACAACAUGAUUCAGAAUAUGGAAGAGUAAGUUCCAUUUUGGCCCUAUGCAUCUAAACUUGUCAUCAUACAGAUGUAUAACAGCAUGUUGUGAAAUGUGUAGCUUUUUCUAAAAAAUUAGAUUUAUGGACUCACAUAAGGGAGAGGUUUGAAGGUGAUCAUUAACCAGUGUUUAAAAGAAUUUUUUGUUUAUUUUAUUUUUAAAAAUAUCUGGCUGCUUAGCAGAUAGGGGUUAAUAAUUCAUUUAAUGGCAUGUUUCGGCUUGUUAACUACGGUCAGUUUAUGGGUCAAAGUUCAGAUGUAAGCAAAUCAUUUCGUACGGAAUAAUCCUUACCUAGAUUGCCAAAAAAGAAUUAAGAGAAAUUAUGUCAUUAAAAUAAAUAAAAUAGUUCUUUUUCUUUUCAAAUAUUAUUUUGAAUGUAAGUGAACUUCUCAUGCUUAAAAGAUGUUACUUCUUUCUCAAAUAUAUUUCAAUUUUUUUAUUAGUGAAUACUAUGUUCUUGUAUCUUUAUUAUGUCUCAUAUGCUUAUUUUUAUCAUAAAUACCCAUAAAGAUUUUUAGAAAUCUCCAUUGAAAAAUAAAUGAUCUCCACUAAUGUUCAAAAAUUAGUCUGAAAGGAGGCAUGAUUAAUGUUGUGUUAAUUACUUUCAUAACUCAUUUAUACAAUAAAAAAAAAAAAAAGUGAAAUCAUUUACAAAUAAAUAAAAAAUAAUUCAAAGAAAAUUUAUUUCUAUUCAUUCACCUACCAUGUCCUUUCCUAAUAAUUGAUAGAGAGGGUCUCUUCAAACAUUACAGUGAGCAAACUACAUUUUUACCCGGCCAUGGCAUUAUAAUAUCCCGGACUUUCUCUGCUGUUAAAUAAAGUAAUGAUGUGCUGUUAUACGUGUAAGCCUACAAGGGCCUCUUUUUCUCUCUCAAACGCAGCGUUUGACUCCUGUUGCUCAGCCCUUUGUUUUUACAAUAAGGUGAAGAUAAGGUGGGUAAAAAAAAAAAAGGAAAUUAGCAGCAACGUUCAUUGUUUCCAGUAAAUAAGCUAUUCGAAUAGCUGUUACAGAUCUUUGAGAUAUAUUUACUACACAAAAUUCUGACCAAUAUUAAAGAUUUGUUUUUAAAGUCUUAGUCUAUAAUGUGAACAUAAAUAGUAACUGUAUCAUUUUUUUUUAAAUAAAUAAAUUAAAUUAAAUUUAAGUUCAGAAAGCUUUAAUUUUGUUUAAAUUUUUGUAUGAUGUAUAAAUACAUGAUUAAAUUGAAAGUUAGCUUUAGUGAUUUGAAAUUGUUUGCUACCUUGCUUGAAAUUCUUUAGCAAUGUGAUUUCUAAACAAAACAAAUGUGUCUUUUAUUAUGUAAUUAGAUGGUUUCAGAUGAAAAUAAUUGUGUCAAACACAAACUUUGAGUUUUAAUUACUAAAUACAACAACUAUAUGCACAUUCUUUAACCUGAAACUUUUGCAGUGUAAUUUUUUUAGUAGUUUAAGUUUUGUGUGCAAUCUGCAAUUUGAAACACUCUUUGUUUUUUAUUAAAAUGCAAAAAAAAUUUGUCAGUUUAGAUCAUGGGGCCAAAACUUUGACCUAAUCUCUCACAAGUAUUGCUCUGUGGUCAUUCAUGGUAACAAAAGAUUAGGCUCAGCAAUGAUCACACUGGCAGAAAUCAAUGAUGGCUUUAAUUUAAGGUGUGAGAAGUUAUUUGCAUGGUGUGAAAGUGGCUAUGAAGCUGUAUUCUGGACUUACCAACUACAACAUUAAGGGCAACCAAAACCAUCAUCCACUGGGCAACACCUGUGUGGCAGUGUUCUGUCAAUGAUCUCUAAAUGCCCCUGACAACACCUGUUCAUGAUCUCUAAGUGCCCCUGGGCAACACCUGUGUGGCAGUGUUCUGUCAGUGAUAUGUAAUUGUCCCUAUCUGAAGCCAAUCCAAGGUGGUAAAUAAGUGCAAAGAAAUAUUUCUUAUUUGUAUCAUUUGAAUAGUUUCCUGUAUAAAAGAAUACAUUCAUUUCUUGGCUUGAGCAAAGCUUUGACCCCAUAUUUAUACAAGAACAUUUCCAACCAUACAGCAAUCCUCCUAAUAUUUAUGUUUAGAUUUAUCAACAUACCAAUGGGACAUUAACUUUUCAUUGAAACAUCACCAUAAAUUGAAAUUUUUUUGUUAGUCUUAAGAUACUAGGUAAUAGAAUAUAAAUUAAAAUAUGUUGUGAUGAUGAAUAAAUGUCUACACUAAAAAAAAUCAACCACAGAGUCUGGUGAACAAACAUUAAAUAAUAUUGACAGCAGAUGCCUUAUAACAUAAUUAAAUCUUAAUACAUAUAGUAAAUAUUGCUUUGCUUUAAUUUAAUGUUCAUAGUUUUUUUGGCAUUGAAAUAGAAUACAUUAAAUAUAAGGGUGCCCAUAUUGAGAAAAAUGUGUUGUUUUUUUUUAGUAGCCAAAUUCCAUGCAGUCUCAUGUGUCAUGGUGCCUUCCCGCCAAAACCCUUUAGUGCUGUAUCUUUAUUUAGCAACUUAAAGAUUAUUUGUAACAAUUUAAAUAAUUAUUCAUUGAACAUUGUAAAGAUAUUUUGCAUAGACAUACAAUUUCCUGAACAAUACCUUGCAGCUUUGUUAAAUAAUUUUUACAAUAGACUUUACAUCCCCUUGGAAAGAAGUAUUCAACUAUACAUUCAUCCCUGAGAGAUGUGUUACCGAUAUAUAAUAUUUUCUUUUCUACCUUCAUAGAUUUUAGAAUUGUUGUAUCUUUUUAUCUAUUUUGUCCAUCUAGGCUUCCAAUGACACCAAUGGGCAACAUGGCCCAAGGACUGGCGGAGAUGGACCUGAACCAACUGACCGACUUCAUGCCUGACGAGAUGACACAAAUCCAAGAGAUUGACGUCCAGCAGUUGCUUGAUAACAGUUACCUGACAAAUUGAAAGAAACAGCUGCUGCAUUGCUAACCAUUGUAUUUACAUUAUAGAACUCUUACAGAAUUGUCAUACAGGAACUUUAUUUUAAGUUUGCAGUUAUUUGAUUUAAGAUAUUCUAUUUCCCCAUGUGUAGUGUUUAAUCAGAGAGAAUUUGUAAAUUUUGUAGUAACUAAGGUUAAAAAGAUAGAUUUAAAACUAAUUGCUGUUGUAUUAUAUUAAUAAUUAUAAAAGGUUUGAUUUCUUUUUAAAAUGUAAAACUAUUUAUUUUUUUUUCAAAUUAAAAGUUAAUUAAUUUUUCAUUAAAAAAAAAAAAGUUAAGAGCAGUACAAAUAUCAACAAUUAUUCAUUUUUUUUUAGUUCUGUACAGAUGCAAAUUAAUUUUAAAAAAAUGAUUUUAUUCUUUUCAUAUAACACUGCAUUGUCCAUUUAACGGUUUGUUUUUGGUACACUUUCCUUUUGAUUUUUUUGUGAUAGAAGUGCUAGUGAGAGGUCUCAGAACUACACAGAUAAGGGCAUUAUAAUAUUGAUUGUGUUUGAGACAGGAAAUGCGUGCAGGAAUGUUUGCUGUGGGGAAAUGUGAUGAAGAAUGACUGUUACCAUAAAACGGAAACCAACCAGUGAAUCUGCUUCUGCUGAAACCGAAUUUAUUUACAUUCUGUAUUAUAGCAAUACGACAAAGUAUAAUAAUAUCUAGAGAUUUACAUCUGCAUGCCGGUGGCUCAUUUAAAAGUUUAUUUGCUGGGCCAGUGCUGAAAAAUAAAGUAUAGGCCAUGGGCAAUACUGUGUGCUGCAGUGGAGUUAGAAAUGUAAAGCCGAUUGUACAUUUCAUACACCUUUGUACAGAAAUGUGUGCAUUAAUUUAGUGUACAACCUCAAUAUAGAACUACAUCAUUUGAUCAGUGUACUGUACUGAAAAAAAGAUAAUAAAAAAACAGUGCCACAGUCCUAUUGUUCCCCCUUGUGGAGCAAAUCUAGAUGAGGCCCUUGACAUCCAAAGAGCACUACUGUGUGAAAUUGUGUUGUUUUUUUGCCUUUGACUUAUGUUACUUUAAAUAUGGCCUGCGGUUCUUUCAUGUAAUAAUAAUAAUAAUAAUAAUAAUAAUAAAGGUGCUGAAUAUGCACAAUGUCUUUUUUCUUUUCUUUUUUUAAAUUCAUGUUUUUGAUUAUGAGUAUUAUUUUGCUCUAUUUCUUUGUUUAACACAGAUGAAAUGAUUGAGACUGUGCUUAUUAAUUGUCAUUGGAAUCACAUUCAUUCCAUGUACAUUAUACUUAUAGUAUAGCUACUGUGGUGUAAAGCUUAUAAUAUAUUUGAAGAAAUGGUUCAUGCUAUAAAAUAUCUUUUAAUUCCAGCUGUGUAACAGAAUAUCAAACAGUCCCUAUUGAUUUAAAUAUGUGGUAAAUUUUUUUAUUUGAAAUUCCAGUUCCAAAAGUUAUAUAAGUGUUUUUGUUUUUAUUUCCUAAAUAAAUAUCUACUUUUGUAAAUGCUUUCAAGUGGAAAUGAGUUCAUUGUUCUCUUUGAGUUAACAGACUUGAUAAGAAAGAUGGCUUCAAUUUGGAAGAUUGAUUUUUUCCAAAGGGAAGCAACAUGUCUUGUUAUAACAGGGUAGGCAAAAUGUGGUCCAAAAGCUUUUCACGGCUCACUAAUCUAAUUUGAUACUUCUAUGCAAUAACUUUCAUAAGACCAGUUGUAAUUUAGGCAAGUGAGACUUGGUCCUUAAUUCAGGAAAGCAGAGAACCUGCUCAAUAGAAGAGAAAAAUCCAAAGGAAAAAAUGUGGCCGGGUGAUUGAUAAUGAUAGAUGGAGGAUCUGUACAAACCAAGAGAUAAAUCCAUAGUUUGAAGACCACGCAUAGUGACAACAAUUAAAAAAAGCAGACUGAGACUACACUGGACAGGACGCCUUGAGAGGAUGCUGGGUAGUUGAGCAGCAGAAGUGAUCAGCAGGCAGAGACCUCGGGGCAUAUGGCUCACCGGUCCACCAAGAGUGGCAAAAGUGAUCAGCAGGCAGAGACCCCGGGGCAUAUGGCUCACCGGUCCACCUAGAGUGGCAAAAGUGAUCAGCAGGCAGAGACCUCGGGGCAUAUGGCUCACCGGUCCACCAAGAGUGGCAAAAGUGAUCGGCAGGCACAGACCUCGGGGCAUAUGGCUCACCGUCCACCAAGAGUGGCAAAAGUGAUCGGCAGGCAGAGACCUCGGGGCAUAUGGCUCACCGGUCCACCAAGAGUGAGAUGGAUCAAUGAUGUAAAGAAGGACUUAAUCAGCAUGGCGGCGGAAGGUCAUGGAUCAAUCCGAAGGAUAUGGUGGAGCAGGCCAGGGCCCCACAUGGACUGUAGCACCACAGAUGAUGAUCCAAUAACUUAAAUAACCAUACAAUAUGGACAGAUAGAUCCUAUACAAAUCAUAAAAUAUUAAUAUGCCAUGAGGGGGAACCAGGUUGAUUAAAGUUUAACAGCGCCUGUUCCCAGUUCAUAACUAAUGCCCUUUCACCCAAAGGUAAUAUUUUCCCAUGUUCUACCACCCAGUUUUGUCAAUAUUAGAUGGUGUUAAAAAUGUAAUCCUUGCAGGAGCCUUCAAAGAAAAACUUCUCAUAAAUGAAGUGAAGAUCGCUGACCAUGAAAAGCGGCACCGGUAUUAGUUUUUAAAAGUUAAUCAUUAUAUAAAUUAUAAUAAAUGUAUAAACUUUCUUUAAACCCUUAUUAAAUGUAGUUAGUUAUAUCCAGCGUUGCAAUUGUUGAUUACUACGUGAUGUUAACUUUCUUCAUGUUUCUCAGAUUUUAACAGUACCAUUUUUUUAAAAAAAUAUUUUUUAAACUAGUAGGUUGUUGAUUCUAGAGAUUUUAACAUUAAAACGGUAGAAAUGGUUCCAUUAAGAGGUCAGUUUUUGUCUCUAAUUAUGAUUUCCAUACUUAGCCCUUUCUAAAAGUUAAAACAUGCAUAUGACUCAAGAUAUUAUUAGUCAUUCCUGAAGGUAGAAAAAUUUGAACAAUUUCAGUCUUAUUGUCAAUCAACUGAACUAGCACCCACAUACUUAAUGAUGGCAUCAGUACUUUUUCAUUGGUGCAGCAAUCAAAUAAAGUUUAUGUUUUGAUUCCAUAGUUUGUUUGGCAAUUAUUUUUUUAAAGGGAAUUUUUAACUUUAACAUCCAAGAUAUCUUAUCACAGUUAUAAACAAAAGUAAGAGGGAUUGAAUAACACACCAAGGUUUGCAUUAUGAUGACAUAACUUCUGUCACUGUUGCCUUUCUUACAAUUAUACUCUUUACUUUGUUUAACAGAUACUUUGUAUUGAAUAAAAGGUUCAUUCUUUGAAGAAUUAUGUUAUGAAGAAUUAUGUUUGUUUAUAUUUAGACAGAACUGUAUAUCUAUACAUGUUUUUCAACUUGUAUGCCUAAUUUUUAUUUCUCAUUUGUGAAUGUACAAAGAAUUACAUGUUUGAUUUGGGUGUUGAUUCUUUUAUGGCUGACUGGAAGUAUCAGUAUUUACACAAAAUAACAUUAUUUUAACAAUUAC